AUGUCAGAAAAACUUACGUUCACGGAUAUUUUCUGCCCGGCUUAUCAAGUCAAGCAAACUCCCACAUAUCAUAAUGUAAGUACAAUAUCUCCAAAAAAACCCCUAUUAUUUUGCAGUACGAUAUUGUGUAUGGAGAACCCGACCCAGUGGACCGUGUUUUACCAAGCGAAGGCGCAAGUUGCUCACAAAUUUUGGAGAAUAUUUGCACCAGAGAGUACGGAGAACGCCCGGUUUUCGAGGAGGAAGAUACGGAGAAAACGAAAGUUGUCAAUGGAGUAGAAGUGAGUAAAAGAUUUUUGGAAGAGUCUAAAAUACGAAUGAGACUCGUUUCGAGCUUUAUAUGUUUAAGUUUAAGGAUCAACUUACCUAGUGUAAUAUAAUUUUUUUUGUCAUUUCAUUUAAAAAUAUCGAUUUUCUUACAAUCCGGUGAACACAAAUAGGUUAAAAAUACCUUUAAAGUAUGUAAGAGACUAUUACAAGAGUUUUACUUAACAAAAAAUAUGUAAUUUCAGAUGCCCGUCCCAUAUUUCAAACGGACAUUUGUUUUCCUGGGCCUCAGAGGUCAUGGCGAAGGUUUCAGCAUCAACAUCGCCACGCAAAUGGCCGCAAAAGAAACCCUCUUGAAGAUUAUCGAUGCAGGAUGGCAUACGAAGUACAGAAUGGCAGGAAAAACCAAGGAUGAGGCAAAGGAAUGGGUGUGAGUUCAACUAUGAUAUCAUUAUAGUCGAAAUUGAUCUUUUGGAUUCACAAACUACAUUUCCGAAAUCAGAGAUCAUUUUUGACACAAUGAGAGGUCUAAUGAACACACAAGAAAUUUUAUCAUAUACCUAUUGAGGGUUGUAAUUAAUUUUUACAUUAUUUUAGACGAAAACUGUACGAAAAAGUGUCAGAGACGGACAAACCAAGUACAGAAGCCAAACAAAACUGGAUUGGAGAUAUUAUCACACUGUAAGUGGAGUCAGCGCGCUUUUAUUUCAUUUUUAUUACAGUCUUACGGCAUGAAACACAAUGCCAAGAUUUUGCGGAAACUCAAAAUUUCGACCAAAAUUUGUGGUUAUAUUUUACGACUACACCGUAAUUUACAUAUAACGUUCAUUUACAUUGAUUUUACCUUUUCUGUUAAAAUAUAACUCCAUUUUUUACCUUAUACUUGACACUUUCAGAUGCCAGCGAAAAAAACUGCCAAAAGUCUCAUAUUCCGAAGAAUCAACUGGUCCUGAUCAUGAAAAACGGUUUAUCGUGACAGCUAGAUGUGACGAACUUAAUCUUGUAGUGAAGUCCGAUCCAAUGGCCAAGAAAACGGCCAAAAAUCACGCGGCCGAACGAAUGUAUGGGCAACUCGAAAAAUGGAUCCAAGACCACCCAAAACCGGAUGAAUCAAAUUCUUCAAGUGGCAAUACCUCUACCUAA